AUUUGAGAGACAGAGAGAUGUCUCCAGAGGGGCUGGCAGAAAAACUGAUAGAGAACUUUCAAGCUCCUUUCUUCACCAUCACUCAACUAGCGUUUACAUAUCAGUCUCCAACUGAAGUCUUUCAAAUUUCCAAGCUUUAGUUAUCUCCCAUCUGAAGAUUUUUCACCUCAUAUUUUCUGUCUUUCUCUGUCGGUACCAUGAGGCCAGAAGGAAACCCCCUAGACCUCAACAACUUACCAGAGGAUUACAUUAGAGAUGGUAAACAGGCCCUUGACGACACGUCUUCAUCUGCUGCAGGCUAUAGGAAAAAGAAAAGCGGCGCUAAGGAUGGAAAAGAUGACUGUGGGAAGGUCUAUGAAUGUAGGUUUUGCUCCCUCAAGUUCUGCAAAUCUCAAGCCCUAGGGGGGCACAUGAACCGCCACCGCCAAGAGAGGGAGACAGAAACCCUCAACAGGGCUCGCCAGCUGGUCUUCAGUAACGAUAACCUGCUAGCCCAAGGGGCUCAUCACCUGGGAGGCCAACCAAUCCCAUCAGGAGGUUAUCAUCAAGCAAGUCACAUAGGUGAUCCAACACUACCAUUCAGACCAGUCUACCCAACAAGAAUGUUCCCUGGUUCGUCAUCCACACUAUUACCAUCAUCUCCACCAGGACAACCACCACCACAACCGCAGCCAUAUAUGUACACAUCGCCGCCGCGCAUGGUCCCCUACACCUCACAAUACACCCAACACCAAGUGAAUGACUACUUCGUCGGUCACGUUCUCUCCAGCAACGCUCAGUACAAUCAACUGAAUCAAAACUAUGCGUCUGUUCCGGCGGAUAAUAACUACACCUGCAUUGGUGCACCAGUGGGAACUGUGGGACAAGGCUUUGCGCACGGUAAUGGAAGCAGCAGAGGGCCAGAUAUGGCGGUAUCAGCAGGAGGAGUUGGGGGUGGUGGUAGAGACAUGUCACUGCAUAAUCAGGAGGAAGGAUUGAAUUGGGGUCGGAGCUAUACAGGGACACAGCAGCGUUUGGAUCCUUCAUCGAUCAAUCGGUUUCAAGAUGGAUUCUUAUAAUUUUUGAGGGAAGAGUGCAAGUUUUAGUCUGCUAUGAAUGAGAGAGAGAGAGAGAGAGAGAACCCCACCAAGCUGACAAAUGGGGUCAUGCAAGAAAGGAGAUAAGUUUUGUUGUUUCUACAGGUUUGGGGACAGCUUUUUGAGCUCUCACAUACACACAGACAGAGCGAGUUUGGCUUGAAGCUGAGCAUAAGAUAGGCUUGUAUUGGUGUGUACUAUGAACUAUAAAAUGGAACUAGAUUUGGGGUGGUGUUCAUGCAGGUGGAACAGGGAGUUAGAUAUGAACUGAAAGUUCCUAACUCUUUUGAUAUUUGGAGUUG